CCAGCGUAUAGCCUGCCGGAAUCUAUUAGAAGAAGAAGAAGAAGAAGAAGAAGAACGCCAUUUUGAUUGUACGGAGGUGCGACGCAGAAGCUUUAAAAAAAAAAAAGUCAUCGAAGGUUAGCUAAGAUGGGGGCGUUUGCUUCCUUAUUUAAAGGUCUUUUUGGAAAGAGAGAGAUGAGGAUCUUGAUGGUAGGUCUGGAUGCUGCUGGAAAAACCACCAUCUUGUACAAGCUUAAGCUGGGUGAAAUUGUUACCACAAUUCCUACUAUUGGUUUUAAUGUAGAGACAGUAGAAUACAAGAACAUCAGUUUUACCGUGUGGGAUGUUGGUGGACAAGACAAGAUCAGGCCACUGUGGAGGCAUUACUUCCAGAAUACUCAAGGUGUUAUCUUUGUUGUGGACAGCAAUGAUAGGGAGAGAAUCGGUGAGGCGAAGGAGGAGCUGUUCCGAAUGCUGAAUGAGGAUGAGCUGAGAGAAGCAGUGCUACUCGUCUUUGCCAACAAACAGGAUUUGCCCAAUGCCAUGAAUGCAGCUGAGAUUACAGACAAGCUAGGUCUGCACACGCUGCGAAGCCGCAAUUGGUAUAUCCAGGCUACAUGUGCUACCAGUGGAGACGGUCUCUAUGAGGGUCUGGAUUGGCUUUCAAACCAACUAAAGAAUGUAAAAUGAUACACCAUUCCACCUUCUCUUAUCGCUUUAUUUUUCCUUUUUUUUGGAGGGGGGGUGUCUAUGCAGGGUGAUUGCACUGGUUCUGCUCUGUUUUUCUUCUUCUUCAUGUCUGGAUGAAUGAAUGUGUGGAUGUGUGAGCACUGAGUGGGAGCAGCCCUGUUGUGCCUUAAAGCUCUGUCACCGGUCCAUCACACCCGUAUCAGUGCAUCUGAAGGCUGUCAGUCAUUGGCGCCAAAUUGAUCAGGAGUCCUGUGAGUUAAACAGGUGGCAAUAAUCAAGUUUUUAACAUUUUCUUUUCAUGAUUAAUCAACUUGACUCACAAUCCCGCCUCACACGACGGGACGGACGUUGUAAUUUGUGUCGUGUUUGGGAAAACAGUGUCCCACGUCCUAAUUAUCCUCUAAUCCGUUGCACUUGGAAGCUGGAAAACUCCAAGUGCAUCAUUCAAACGUCAGUGGUUUCCAUUUGCUUGUGCUGGGGGGG